GUGGGGAGGUGAUUGAAGUGGUCAUGUGAGGAGGUGAGGACGGUCCGCCGUGUUUACACAGCACAGCCUCAAACGAGUGGAUAACGUCACAUGGAUGGUGGAGUUUUGAAGGCGGACUUUUCGACUGGCCGGGCAUCAGAGGAGACCAAACAACAGGAGGCUUUAAUAUCUCUACCUCUCUCUCUCUCUCUCUCUCUCUCUCUCUCUCUCCCUCUCUCUCUCUCUCUCUGGCGAGAAGAACUGAGUGAGAAGUCGCGGAGCUGCUUGCGGCUGUGUCAUUGAGCAGGCUACAGGAGAGCAGAGCAGAGUGAUGUUUUGGACAUUUUGAGCAUCUUCACAGCUGGAAACCCCUCAAGGUCCUGAAUGGAGAACAAGGCGAUGUACCUGAGCACUUACGAGGAGCGAGACAAUGGCUCGUUCUAUGAGGAGGGCUAUGACGGGAGGAACCUAUCCAAACUCAAUCUCUGUGAAGACGUGGGUUCCGGGAACCGCAGGAGAAAGACGGAUAACUGCUGUGGCCACUUGGACUCGCUGUCUGCUAUCAAAUAUGCCAUCGUUUCCCUCUACAUCCUGGUCCUGCUGAGCAUAUUCGGCCUGUGCAUCGCAGUGUCCAGGACCCAGGUCUCCUCAGAAAAGCAGGAGGCUUUACUAGAGAAUGUGACCCGUCUGGGUGACCGCUCCGAGGCACUGCAGAAGUCUCUGGGCCAGCUCCCCUUCCAGAGCGACCUGCUCGAGAACAUCUGGAAGCUGGAGAGCCUCUUCCACAACCACAGUGAAGAGCUGCAGCAGCUGGGGCGUCUGGUGCAAGGUCUGGAGCGGGACGUGCGUGACCUGCAGGCCCACGCUGAGCACAUGUCAGGCUCUAUGGCCCAGAUGGAGGAUAACUUGGGCACGGUCAGCCUAUCCAGCCGUAGCAAUAGCAGCAACCUGGGAGCAGCCUUGGCCCGGGCCGCCGCCUCCAUCCACAGCCAGGACACCUUGCUGCGUGACACAGCAGGCCAGGUGAACACCCUGCGGGAGCGGCUGGAGGAGAUGGGCUGGACUGUGGGCUCCAUCAACCACUCGCUCAGCAGCGAUGUCGACGUGCAGCACCUGAAGAUGGAGCAGCUGCAGGUGCAGCUGGGCAACGUGACCCAGGACACCAGUAGCAUGAGGGUCAUGCAGAUCCACCUGGAGGAGCAGAUGAGGAAUGAGAUCGAAAUCCUCAACGUCAUCACCGAAGACCUGAGGCUAAAAGACUGGGAGCAUUCCAUGGCACUGAAGAACCUCACAAUCAUACAGGGCCCACCAGGACCAAAAGGUGAGAAGGGCGAUGUGGGGCCUUUAGGGCCUUCUGGGCUGCCUGGCCUGACAGGCUUAAGAGGUUUACCAGGGGAAAAAGGCAUCCAGGGUCCUCGAGGGCUUACUGGUCCCGGUGGUCUUGAUGGCCAAAAUGGAGAAAAAGGAGAUAUUGGACCACAAGGACCCAAAGGCCAGAGAGGAGAGAGAGGACUCAAAGGAGAGAAGGGCGACCGAGGCGACCAAGGAGAUAAAACAGUGGAGAGCACUCUGGUGAGGUUGGUCAACGGCUCUGGUCCUCAUGAGGGCCGAGUGGAGGUGUAUCACGAGCGGCGCUGGGGGACGGUGUGUGACGACGUGUGGGAUAAGAAGGAUGGAGAUGUUGUGUGUAGAAUGCUGGGAUUCCGAGGAGCAAAAGAAAUCCACAAAACCGGACGAUUCGGACAAGGUACAGGUCUGAUCUGGAUGGAUGAUGUUGCCUGUGUUGGCACUGAGGACACCAUCCACGAGUGCAAGUUCUCUGGCUGGGGCAAAACUAACUGCGGUCACGUGGAGGACGCGGGGGUGACCUGUAACACUUAACCCCUUCUCAGCCUGGCCUGUAUUUUUCUGCUGAAUUGACUGACCCACCUACAGGACUACAGCGCAGCAGCUGAUUGGCUGAGAGAGAUCACAAGGAAAGUGCCGGGCCCCUCCAGACCACCAUAGGCUAAUGGACCUGACAGUUUCGAGAAAGCCUCUUUUGGGUGGGGGGUUGGUGAGGGGCAAUGAGGUCAGAGAGUGCUUCUGGCACAGACUCACAUCACCUCAACCUACACACUGCCAGCUGAAACAGCGCAGGGUAAACACGCUGGCAUGGGAACACUUAGAGCCUUCACAAAGGAACCAGCAAACGCCCUGCAUCUCAAACAGAGUGUGUGUGUUCUAAAGCUCCCGUUGCCUUUUUCUCCGUCUUCAGUCAUGAGCAAAUGAGUGUGUUUAUGGAGUUCUGGAUGUUCAUUACCUCUUUUCUCAGUCGUUUUGAGGAAGCACAGCCAAAAAUGCAACUCUGCCUUAAAAAGCUCUUGGGAACGGGGUGUGUGUGGGUAUCUGUGGGUUUAAACUAUGGCUGUCCCCAGCUAAGACUAGCUUUACACCAUGAAACUUUAACUUGUUACAGGUUCAUUUUUCUGUGCAACAUGACAGUUACAUCAAUCAGGCAUUACAUUAUGACCACCUCCCUGUUUCUACAUCCAUUUUAUCAGCUCCAUUUACAUAUAGCUGCACUCUGUACUUCUACAGUU